GGCGGUGGUAAGCGAAAUAACUGAAGGGCGGAGGAUCAGAAUCCGCGGUUACGACAAGCCAAAUCUCUACGUCCCGCUCCUCUGCGACCGAAAGGUAAACGGGCCAGGGAGGAGGAGAAGAGAGAGAGAGAGAGAGAGAGAGGCGUACUUCGAUUGACAAUGGUGAUGCCACUUUCGUAUCUCGUCGGAGGCGUCGUCGCCUUUCUAUUGGGCUUUCUCGUACUGAUCAGAUCGCGGGAUGAGAAAAAGAAUAAGCCUGCCAAUGCCGGCGUUCCGGCGGAGAUUUCGAAGGCUGGUGGAGGCGGCGGUGGGGGUGAAAAUGGUUCUGCGGAUGAUGGGGCCGAUGUCAUCGUCGUUGGUGCUGGGGUUGCUGGAUCGGCUCUUGCCUACACUCUCGGUAAAGAUGGGCGCCAAGUGCAUGUUAUUGAGAGAGAUUUGACAGAGCCUGAUAGGAUUGUUGGUGAACUUUUACAACCAGGAGGCUACCUCAAAUUGGUUGAGUUAGGCCUUGAAGAUUGUGUUGAAGAAAUUGAUGCGCAGCAUGUUUUUGGUUAUGCUCUUUUCAAAGGUGGUCAGAAUACCAAACUCUCCUAUCCCUUGGAGAAAUAUGGUUCUCAUGUUGCUGGGAGGGGCUUUCACAAUGGGCGAUUUAUACAGAGGAUGAGAGAAAAAGCUGCAUCUUUACCCAAUGUUCGGAUGGAGGAGGGAACUGUCACAUCCUUGCUUGAAGAAAAUGGGAUCGUCAAGGGAGUGAUAUACAAAAGUAAAGCUGGUAAUGAGAUGAAAGCUUUUGCUCCACUGACCAUUGUGUGUGAUGGUUGCUUUUCAAACCUCAGGCGUGCUCUCUGCUAUCCAAAGGUGGAUAUUCCAUCUUCUUUUGUUGGCUUGAUCCUCGAGAAUUGCAAACUUCCAUUUUCAAAUCAUGGGCAUGUCGUCUUAGCAGAUCCUUCCCCCAUUCUUUUUUAUCCCAUAAGCAGCACAGAAGUUCGUUGCUUAGUUGAUGUACCUGGAAGGAAAGUGCCUUCCUUAGUAAAUGGGGAAAUGGCAAAUUAUCUGAAGACCGUGGUAGUACCCCAGAUACCGAGUCAGCUCCAUGAUGUCUUCAUUGAGGCUGUUGACAAAGGAAAAAUUAGAACCAUGCCAAAUAGGAGUAUGCCAGCUGCUCCUCUUCCUACACCUGGAGCACUUCUGAUGGGUGAUGCAUUCAACAUGCGACAUCCACUAACAGGUGGGGGAAUGACUGUGGCAUUGUCAGAUAUUGUGGUGCUACACAAUCUACUUAAGCCACUGCGUGAUCUCCAUGAUGCAUCUUCUCUGUGUAAAUAUUUGGAAUCCUUCUAUACCUUGCGUAAGCCCGUUGCUUCUACAAUAAACACUUUGGCUGGUGCGCUGUACAAGGUUUUCAGUAGUUCACCUGAUCAGGCUAGAAAUGAAAUGCGACAAGCAUGUUUUGAUUAUCUAAGCCUUGGAGGCACUUGUUCCACCGGACCUAUAGCCUUACUCUCUGGUUUGAACCCACGUCCACUGAGCCUAGUUGUCCACUUCUUUGCUGUUGCUAUAUUUGGGGUUGGCCGGCUCUUGUUUCCAUUUCCUUCGCCAAAGAGAGUGUGGAUUGGAGCUAGGUUGAUUGCUAGCGCAUGCGAAAUCAUUCUCCCUAUCAUAAAAGCAGAGGGGUUUAGACAGAUGUUCUUUCCUGCAACUGUUCCUGCGUAUUACAGAGCUCCUCCUACAAACUGAAACAAUCCAAAACA